AUGAUUUCUACACUCUCCCAAAACUCCGAAAGAAAUUUCUUAUUUGGACAAAAGUCUUAAUUUUAAAUAUAAAAACCUUAUUAAACCAGUAUGAAAUUAUAAAUACCCAUAAAAUCAGACACAAAGUAGGAUCUUUUAACAUUUAAAAAUUUCGGAAUUUUAUAUAUAAUAAUAAAAAUGAGGUAGUUUUUUAACAUUGAAAAUCAAUUAUCAGGAGAGCCUUUUAUUUUCUAAAAAUUUAUCAAAUAAAGACUAUCGCGAACAGACUUUUCUUUUAAAAUAAUUCAGUUAAUAUUAUCAAUUUAUUUUAUUGGAGUUUUUAUUUAUUUAGAAAAAAAAGACACUCGUUCAUACGUUUUUUUAAGUAUUUCGAUUUUAGAUUUACUCAUAGUAAUUUUUAACAGGCCCAAAUAAUUAUUUAGGAAUAUAGGAGUCGCCUUUUAAAACUUACAGCUUUUAUACGCAAAUUAUAAUCUAUUUAAUGACGUAAAUUAACAUGAAAGUAAAAUAUUUAUAAAUAUAAUGAUGCUUUCUAUUUCUAUAAUAAUGUUUAAUUAAAAUAUAGCAGUUUUCACCUAUAUAAUAUUAAUAAACAGCUUAUAAAGUAUAUACAUUUAUUUUUUAGUAAUAACCUAAUACAGUCUAAUAUUUAUAAUUUUACAAACAUUACAGUUUUUUAUUGUGAAUUAUUUAUUUUAUGUCGAAAGGAAACACGAAAUAACUCUUUUUUUAGAAAAAAGGCUUUUUAAUUAAAAUGAAGACCAACUUUUUUAAUUAGUAGACCAUAAAAUAUCUACUGGAGUCAUAAUAGUCUAAAAAACAAAUAUAGAAGAUUAAAAAAAGUAGGAAAAUGAAAAAUUCGAUUAAUAAAAAAACCUGAAAAUUUCUUUUGUAAACUAAGUCGCCAUAUAAUAAUUAUAAUUAGAUGUUAAGUAAAAUAUAUUCGAAACAUUAAAAAAAAUCUCAAUUAAUACUUAAGAAAAUAAUUCAUAAAUAAAUCUUUAAUAUAACCUUUAUGAAUAAAUAGACUUUUUUUUUCAUCAUUGUAUUUUUAAUACAGAAAUAUAAAAUAAAGAAGAAAAAUAAAAUAUCAUCUCCGAAAUUCAAGACUAUUAAUCUUAAAACAAAAUUAAAAAAACAGCCCAAUCGGAUUGCGAAUAAAGUAUUAUUUUUACAGGCAUUUAAAGGCAAUAUACUAAUUAGAGAAAAAGCUAAACUUAAUUAUGUAUCGAUAUGAUGUUUUAAGAUAUUUAAUUUGAUUUUAGGUUUAAUUCAAUUCAAUGGGAUAAUAGCCCUGCUUUAAUUAUAAUAAUAUCCAAUACAAAAGAAAAAAUUAUUAAUAAAAAACUACAUGAAUUAGAAUAAUAUAAAGUAGAAUUAUUCAAUACAAUUUCUCAUAUAUCCAAAACUCCUUUGAAUAGUAUCAUAAAUAUAGCAGAUUAUAUGCUAAAUGUAAUUUUAGAUGAGCAUAAUUAUUAUGUAAAAAAACGACUUUAUUGCUAAUAACACAAAAAAAAAUUAAAUAUUUCCAAGAAGCAAUAUAAAACCUGGCUGUCGUUAAAAAUAACGGACUUAUUCUUUUAUAUUCAAUAAACAAUAUUUCUGAUUUAUCUUUAAUUUCUACUUAAAAAAAAAUAUAUUUAAAUAAUGUCAUUUUUGACCUAGAAGAUGCCAUUAAAUAAAUACAAAAAAUCCACUUUUAAUAAAUAUAAGAAAAAAAGCUCGAAUUUCUUAUUUUAUAUAAAAGUAAUAUAAAAACAAUAAUAAAUGACGAAAAAAGAAUCAAAUAAAUUCUCUUUGAACUUCUAGGAAACUCCAUUAAAUUCACUUCUUCUGGAAAAGUAGAGAUUAUUGUAAAAGAUGAAUCACCCGAUCUUAUAUGGAUCAAAAUAAAAGACACAGGAGAAGGAAUGAAUGAUGAUUUAAAAAGAAAUUUAUAAACAGCCAAUUCUAUAUAUUUUACAUCAGACUCCAAAAACUACAGCAAUAAAACGUCCCCAGGCUUAGGUCUUGAUUUAUCUAAAAAACUAAUUGGUUUUUUAGGUCCUUUUACUAAUUUAUUUGUCAAAUCCGUCCAAGGAUAUGGCAGUUCGAUUAAAUUCUUACUUUUUAAAAACCAAGAGACUAAAAAGGCAAUAAACAUUGCCAAAAUACGCGAAAAGCUAUUAUUAAAAAUGUAAUAAUAGAAAAAUUUAAACGAACAAAUUGUAAAUAAAAAACGCGGAAAACUCUACUUUUAGUAAAAUUCAAUAAAAUAAAUGGUUGUACCAGAAGAAUCAGAAAAAAGCUUAAAAAGUGAUAAAAUUGACUUUAAUAUUGAUAUUCUUAAUAAAUCUCUUAUUAUUUCAUCCUAAUCUGAUAAUUCAGAAAAUAAUACUAAGUUUGUUCCUUAUA